UCAAUUUUUCUUCGAUUUUUAUAUACCUUUAUCAAGUGUUGUCGAAUUUCUUCAUUUUUUUUCGAAUUUAAACAUAACCCAGAUUUUUCUCAACCCCUUCUCUGAAAAUGGCCUGAUUAAUUUUUAAGAUGAAAGUAUUUGGUUUGGGUAAAUGAAGAUUUUAAAUAAGAGAGAGAAAGUUAUGGAGAUUUACAAGUUUAGGAAAGAAUAAUAUUUCAAUGAAAUUAGUAGCCAUGAAAAACUAUGAAGAGAGAGAACUUAUGGAGCAAGGAAAAAGGAUUGAAGCAACGAUAAGGGAGGAACGAUAGAGGAGAGAGAGUGAGCGAGACAUGUUAUAAAAGCAUACAACACUUUCUUCGAAAAAUCAAAAUAACGAAACCAGUUUUCCGUUUAUUUAUUAAAGAAACUGAACAAAAGUUGUUUUUUCAAACGUUUUAUCCGGAGAGAUUUUAUUUUAUUUUUAAGGAAAAAAACGAAAAAGGGAGAAACAACCAUAGUCAUUAGUCAAGAACAGACCCUAAAUAGUACGAUUGUACUCUCUGUUUGCACCAAAGAAAAAAAACAGUUUUGCAACUCUGUCCAAUGGUCCAUCUCCCAAACUCCCGAAGAAAACACUAUGAAAACGCGGACUGAAAACGCCGAAGUAGACAUGAGCAGUUCCAAACCACUAGACUCCAUCCCACCAACACACCCAUUCGAAAUCACAAACGGCCUUACUCUCUCUCCUCGAAUCAAACUCCGCCUUACAAUCCACCGCGCCGACGCCACUGUCACUCCCUUAGACGAAUGGAAGCUCAAGCGCUCUCUCGUCGCAUUCUUCAAAACCUCCUUCUAUCUCCCCAUUACCGUCCCCGAGGAGGACCUCCUUGUCCGCCGCUUCAAGGACCUCAAGAAGCGUAAACGUGAAGACCCAGUUGCUGUUGCUUCCCUUUUCAUUCGUGAUUUAGGGUUCAUCGUCUCCGCCGCCGAGAAAAUCAAGGGUUACGAUAGAGGCAACGACGGGUUGGAGGAUAUAUUAGAGAAGAAGUUUCUGGAAUGGCGGAAGCUUAUGGUGGAGAAGAUGGAUGGUAUGGAGGUCAAUUUGGAAGGGGUUAAAUUUAAGGUUAGUGUUAAUUUGUCAGUUUCGGAUGAUUUUCAGACGAUGAAGAAGGAGUGGCAGGAGUUCUAUGCAUUUGGCCCAGGGAGUUAUUCAAGGAGUGGAAAGAAAGAGCCAGAUACAAUUAUACUACGAGGUUUGCCAUCACGAUGGUUUGCAGAGCCACGUGUCUCGUCUAAACCAUCUAUGCUGGUUACUCACACCAUUUUUUCCACCUUUGGAAAGAUAAGGAAUCUUAAUGUCGCUGAGGACGAUGAUCUAGGUAAGGAUACCGACGCAGAUGAUGAAGACCUAAUCUCAGGUCUACAGUGUAAAGUCAUCGUUCAAUUUGAGCAACACAAGGCAUUUCACAAUGCAUUGAAGGUCUUGUGCAGUCGUUCAUUGCAAAAGGAAGGAUCACGCAUGAAGGCUGACUAUGAUGUAACUUGGGAUAAGGACGGGUUUUUCCAAAACGCAAAGAGCAACACACAGAAAAGGAAUAGCCGAAUCCCGGAAAUUGGGGCUUGGCAGUACAGAAAUGAAGGACGGUCAUCCUACAUUUCUCGCUACAGUCCCGAGGAUGUACGUUCAAAAAGAUUCAAGGAAUAAGGAUCACUUGGGUAAGUAGCUUGUUUAGAUUGAAGGUUGAGCAGGUGGGAGACUGGACAGGCUUAACUGGGGCCAUAUUUGCUCCAGUAACCCUCAGUUAGCUGAGAUAAUCUUCUAAAUUCAUCUGUUAUGAUGAGUGUUUUCUGCUGAAAGUUAAACAUCUCACUGAUAUCGAAUGUGCAUAACUUAUUCAUGUCCGGAUCAUACUUAUUCGUGGAUUAUAUGUAUGUGCUGAUUCUUGGCAUCGAUAUUCGGACUGACUGUAGAAUCCUGAAAGUUAACUAUUUCCAGCAUUUCCUUUGCUAUGUAUUCAGACAAUUUUCCUAACCAAAUGUUGAGAUUUUAGCUCCCCCUUGAUCACAUAUUUAUAUCUGAAGCAUUUUUAGAUUUAAAUAUUUUCAUAUUAACACGCUUGAUUCUCUCA